CGGAAGUUCUCUGGGCUUUUGGUGACGCUGCAUUGGAGACAUGGCUUCGCUCCGUUUGUUCACCCUAUUGAUGCUGUCCUUGGUUUUUGGGACACAGGCUCUGACCCCGUCCCAUCAUCUCACCACCACCGAUGUGGCUAGACUGCAGGCUGCAUUGAGCCAGCCCUUUUCUGACCUAAAGUCUGCUUAUUACUCUGUUGUCGGUCUGAACAAGUUGGGCAUCUCUGUUGCUGAUGCAGAUGAGACAUGCAAGUUUAUCAAGUCAAACCUGGAUGCCUCUAGCAUUGAGUCUCUGUUUUACGCCGCCGAGGCCAGCCAAGCUCUCUCUAGAUGUGAGAUUCCAGUGUCAAAUGAGACGCGUGAUUUGCUAUUGGCUGCUGUAAGUGAAGACUCCACAGCGUCCCAGAUCCAUCAGUCUGUGAGUGCUCUAAGCUCUCUUGGGCUGCCUCAAGCCUCACAGGAGGUGGUCAGUGCCCUGAAAGCUCGCAUCUCCAAAGAGGACAAUGUCUUAACAAUCAUACUAGCACUGCAGACUGCGUCUCGUCUCUCUCAGCAGGCAGAACUUGGAGAUAUACUAGAAGAGAUAGAGGAUCUGGCUGCACGUUUGGAUGAUCUGGGUGGCGUGUACCUUCAGUUUGAAGAGGGUCUGGAGGCCACAGCACUGUUUGUGUCUGCUGCUUAUGCUCUGUCUGAUCACGUGGAAAUGGAGCCCCCGCUGAAAGAGGAUCAGGUAAUCCAGCUGGUGAACUCCAUCUUCAGUAAGAAGUCGUGGGACUCUCUGUCGGAGGCAUUCAGUGUGGCCAGUGCGGCUGCAGCGCUGUCCAACAAUCACUUCCACGUGCCUGUCAUAAUCAGUGCGCAGGGCCCUGCUGCUGUGUCCCACAGCCAGCCAAUUCUGCAGCUUCUGGUGACCGAUAUCCUGUGCCAGCCACUCAGUUCAGCCAGUGUGCUGGUGGACAAGGCCAGUGCUGUGGCCACAAAAUCUGCCAUCCUCAGCCAAGCACCCUUCACCCUCAGAGAUGGUGUUUUUGAGCUGAAUUUCAUGGCAAGCCAGCCUACGAGUGGCUACUACCAGUUCUCUGUUGCCGUUGCCGGCGACAGCCGAUUUGUCGCCAACCAUGUUGAGCUGAAAGUGAAGGUCUCUACCAGGGUCGCCAUCAACAACAUGGACUUGUCUGUGGUGGAUAAAGACCAGAGCAUUGGCCCCAAAACCACCAGAGUGGAAUAUCCAAAAAAAGCCAAGGCAUCUUUUAUGGCUGACAGCCAUCAGAACUUUGCCAUGACAUUCCAGUUAGUUGACGAGACCACAGGAGUGGAACUCACCCCUCACCAGACAUUUGUGAGAUUGCACAACCAAAAGACAGGUCAGGAGGUGGUGUUUGUGGCCGAGCCCGACAGCAAAAACCUGUAUAAGUUUGAGUUGGACACAGCUGAGAGGAAGACAGAGUUUAACUCUAUGUCUGGAACCUAUGCUCUCUACCUGAUGGUGGGAGAUGCUACACUGGAAAACCCAUUCUUAUGGAAUGUGGCUGACGUUGUGCUCAAGUUUCUGGAUGAAGAGGCACCUUCAACAAUUCAGGCUAAAACUUUGUAUAUACCCAAACCAGAAAUUCAGCACCUCUUCAGAGAGCCAGAGAAGAAGCCACCCACAGUUGUGUCCAACGCAUUUACUGCCCUCGUCCUUUCCCCACUUUUGCUCCUGCUCAUUCUGUGGUUUAAACUGGGAGCCAAUAUAUCAAACUUCACUCUGUCUCCCAGUACUAUUCUCUUCCACAUAGGCCAUGCAGCUAUUCUGGGUCUAAUGUACGUGUACUGGACUCACUUAAACAUGUUCCAGACUUUGAAGUAUCUGGCCAUUAUAGGCAGUCUCACAUUCCUGGCUGGGAAUCGCAUGCUGGCACAGAAAGCUGUGAUAAGAAUCGAAGGAAAAUGAUGUUGGAGAAAUCAUCUUAAAAAGACCAUGGAUGCUUCAUAUCCAUGUUUGUCUUUAAGAAAUCUAGGAACAGAAGUGUUGGUGGAAGUUAAAAGAGAAACAACACUAUUGGCUAAACUAUCCUGAAUCAGUUCCAAAAAUGCUUUAAGCUAAUUCAUUUAGAAACACCGUUUGACUUUUUCCACUCUCAUUUAUUUGAAAACUGAAUGCACUGUAAGAUAAAUGUGAUACAUUGGGAUAUAUGAUGAUUGUAGCUUGUACAGUGAGUUGUGUUUGGUGGUAAACCUAAUGACAGUCUGUGCUGUUCAUCUACGGUUGUGUUUUGGUUUUUGGGAUUCAUUUUGUUGUUUUUGAAUGCAAAUUCAUGUGCUCCCUUUUUAUUUUUUUCUAUAACAUCAGAACAAUGUGUUUUCUUUGAGCAGAAAUGUGGAAUUAUUCUCCCAGUCAUCAUCACAGAUCAGAAUCAUCACAUGUUUUUGUUUUGUUUUUUAAUGAAAAUAAAAUGAUAAAAACA